UUGUUCGAUGAUGCGAUAUCGAUGCUACUUCGCCGUCUUGCUUUUGCUUCUCAUCCCCGCUUAGCUGUACGUCGUUUCAUGGCUGCCCCAUCAUAUCUCGUCAAGACUGGCCCCCGCGACGCACUUGUCCCAUUCUCUUCCCGUCUCAAGGAGGGUCGAGCAUUAGCCGAAGACGUCUGGUCCAUUUACAAUGCUGCUAACCUUCCGGCCGACUGCAUUAACCUUGGCCAGGGUUAUAUGAACUUCGCUCCGCCACAAUGGGUGACUGAAGCUGCCAACACUGCGCUCCAAGGUGUUACCGAGAACCACUAUUCCCACCCAAAGGGUCGCAUGCGGCUUCGCCAAGCGCUCAAAAAUCAAUACAGUCCUCUAUUCAAUCGCGAAUUGGAUGUAGAGACCGAGAUACUUGUGACCAGCGGGGCCAAUGAAGGUCAAUACUCGGUCUUCGUUGCUUUCCUUGAGACUGGUGAUGAAGUUAUCAUGUUCGAGCCCUUCUUUGACCAGUACCUGCCCUCCAUCACGUUCAACGGCGGCAAACCUGUCUACGUUCCUCUCCAUCCACCCAAGAGUGACUUGAAGAAGCCCACCAGCAAUGACUGGACCAUAGAUCUUGCCGAACUGAGAGCUGCCAUCACCCCUCGAACGAAGAUGAUCAUCGUCAACACCCCACACAAUCCAGUUGGAAAGGUGUUCACGCGCGAAGAACUCGAAGGAAUUGCUGCUCUAGCCGAAGAGUUUAAUCUUAUCGUCAUGUCUGAUGAGGUCUACGACUGCUUGACUUUCGACGGUCAAGAGCAUGUCCGUAUCGCUACCCUCCCCGGCAUGUGGGAUCGCACAGUCACUGUUGGCUCUGCUGGCAAGGCGUUCGCGGCUACUGGAUGGCGAGUGGGUUGGCUCAUCGGACCCGCUUCGAUCAUUCGGCCGACACUCGCCGCAACCACUCGAAUCGUGUUCUGCACAAAUUCUCCGUUACAAGAGGCUGCUGCGGCUGGUCUGGAGCAAGCAGACAAACGCGGCUAUUUUGCUACCCAACGAGCAGAAUACACUGAGCGUCGCAAAAUCCUCACUGACGCAUUCGAUGCUUUGGGGCUUACUUACAGUCUCCCCCUCGGCAGCUAUUUCAUCCUCCUCGACAUCUCCAAGGUGAAAUUCCCCGACAACUAUCCUUUCCCACAAAGUGUGUUGGGUAGAGGCCGUGAUUUCAAAGCAUGCUGGUUCAUUGCUCUCGAGAUUGGAGUUUCUUCGAUUCCCGUCAGCGAAUUCUACUGCGAAGAACAUGCUUCCAUCGGAGAGGUCUUCGCAAGAUUCGCUUUCUGCAAGGACACGGACACUCUUAACAGGGCUGCUGAGCGUCUACAGAAACUCAAAAAUUACAUCUAA